CACCCGAGCUUCGUUCAUCCAGUUGCCGCUGUUCACUGCAACUGCUCGGUUCGGAUUCGCUCCUGCUCUUUUCACCGUUACUCGGAGCAAUCCGCUUAUCCGGGGAAAGUCCCGUUUAUCCGGGAACACAUUCGUGAUUACAGAUCCGUGAAAAUAACAAUACGAUCGUGCUGAAAUUUCAAUAUAAUAACUGUGCCUAAUUGGAGCACGGUAUCGGUAUCUCGCUAAUUGUGGAGGCAAUCCCCAAUUUACCGAUCGUGCUGAAAUAUUUCCUAGAGUGAUUAAGUGCUUUUCCACUAGGCUGUAUUAAAUUAAAAGUUCCUAACGAAAAACCUUGCGUGCUGUUUAAAAUCUUCAAAAUUUGAAACAUAGUUGUUGUUUUGAGAACUACAAUGUUAAUUACAAUUAACAAUUUAAAUGUAAUAAGAAGUUUUAAGCUAGGCGGUAAACUAAUUUAAAAAACCUUAAUUAUUUUUGAAACCUAGUGCUUAAAUCUAAUAAUUAACUUAAUAUACAAGUUAUAGUAUUAUACCAAGAAUACUCAUCACAAACCACAUCAAAUGACAUUUUGAAAUUUUGCUUUUGUCAGCUGAACGUGCUAAAAGGUUGUAGAUUGUGAGAUAGUGAAUGUAUUACUAGUGGAACCAACUAAAAUUAUUAUAAACAAAAAAAAACCCCGGGUAAUGAACAUCGAAAAAAACGGCCUCAUUUUGGUGACUUUGCAUGGUUUAAUAAACUACCUUCAGGGAAAUUAGGUUGAUCUCAGAUAGUGAAAUACAUUUUAUUACAUCAAAUCGAAUUAAAUAACGCAUUAAGUAUGUAUGCAUGAAAAAUGUUAGUACUUUUAAAGAUAAUAGAUAGUUAGAAAAUAUUUGGGAUCUAUUGCUCUUGAACUCCGAACUCCGACAUGUCAAACCAACUAUUCUUCCUGAGUUUGGCGGACAUCUUCUCGGUGUAUCCGGCCAUCUUCAAAGAACAGAGCAAGAAGCUGAAGAAGACCAAGCAAAUCUACCUGCCCAGCGAUGAGGAGUGGCAGGACAAGAUGUACUAUAUGCUAUUGGAGAUUCAGCGUCAUGUGAACGAAUCUUCCGAUGAUGCGCUAACCCUGCACGACAUCAAUAAGAAGGAGAAACCAGUGUUCGACCCCUUGCGCAUUACCAAGAUCGUAUCGCCAGGAGUUAGCCCAUGUGGCAGACGCAGUAGGACCCUCAAGUAUUGUCAUUCCACGGCGGUGAAGAUCAAACUGAAGGCCGGGGCACGCUGGACCUUGCCCACCAUCGCCAAUGCCGCCAAACUCCUCCGCAAACCUCCGAUUUUGGUGGACUUCAAGAAUGAGCACGAGAUGCGUUUGGCUUUCUCCUUGAUCUACGACGUCUUUCGAUAUAAGGUUGUUAUGUCGAACGCUCUGGAGGAUGUCUCCUUCUUUGAGGAGCACAAAGAGUUAAAAAACGACGAGCAAAGAAUUUGGCUGAUGCUCUUUGAACUCUACGAUCGUCAGUUUAAGGGUCGAAAUUCUGAGGAAAAGGAUUUGCAGGCGAGGCUUUACAAGGAAUCCGAAGUUACAGAACUCGCGGAUCUCCUUUGGCAACAUCGCAUUCGACUGGCAGCUUCGAUUUCCCGGAUGAGAAUCCAGGUGGGAGCACUCCGACUGUCCCAACUACUGCCUAUCCACCUCCAAAACGAAAAGGUGGCCAUCGCAGCUGCCAAUCCUGUAGUGACCGGUUGGAUAAAUCCGUUUUUGAUACGAAAUAAAGAGGAGGCGGAUAAGAUCCUUACAGAAAUGGGCUUUACUGUCCACGGACCGGACGACGAGGAGCCACUGUUGGUCCAGCACUGCAAGUGGGACAACAUAUGUCCUUUGGUCAUAUCCUGCAUUCCCAAGGAUCGCAGCGAGUUCACCAAAUCCGUGUUGAUGAGUAAACAUUACUUUAUAAUGCAGGACAAGAACUUCACCUUCGGUCCGGCCAUCAUGUCCAAGUUGAUGGAUUACUUUGAGCUGGAUGGCGAUAUACUGCAGACGCAUAUCGGUUCUCCACGAUCCACGGCAUACUUGGCAGCCUUGUUUUACUCCAUCAACCGGGUGAAUAACUUUUAUGUUUAUGGAGCAGGAGCAAAUCUGAAGGAGUACCGGCGAUAUAUGGAAUCCAUUGGGGUCAAUAAUAUCCGGCUGUUUGGCGAUGCCUUCACCUCGUUCCCCAUGGAAUCGAAUCGCUUUCGAACGGUUGUGGGUGUCUUCGCCACACCGCCGAAUUCCUUUAGUGCAAUCUCGGAUCCCAUCGAUUUGAUCUGCUCCCGUGGUGGCGAUCUGAGCAUGCUGGAGGUGCUCACCGAAUCGGAGGUCAGCGACGAGGGUCGCCAGCGGGUGGCCAUGAUACUCGAGGAGCAGCUGCUGACCCUCACCAUGUCGAUGUCGCGACCCCAAGUGCAAUUCGUUCUCUAUCAAACGCACUCGAUUGUGGGCACCGAGAACGAGGAUAUGGUGCAGCAUGUCCUGGAGCUGAUCAAUAAGCUGGCGCUGGAAAAGCAUCGCAAUGCGUACAAGGAGCAGAAGCGUCUGGAGGCGAUAGCCGAAGCGGAGGCAGCCAACAUUCCGGCAGCUGCAAUGAGCAAGGAUUCGCCCAGGAAGAAGGACAAACCGGAACCUCCAGCUCCUGGACCUGCGGGCUCCACAGCUCCGCCACUGCCGCGUGUGGAAAGCAUUGAUCUGAUAGUAACACCCGAUAUCGAUGAGUUCGUGCAGGAUACCGUGCCGGAUAUAUGCAUCAACCAGGAUGAUUGCAUCAAACAGCAGGUUACGGGCAGUUACCUGGCCUUGGUGCGUCGCAAAACCCUGACUCAUUUGAAUGAAAAGUACCUGAUUCGCCGGGCGGAGCAGAGAGGACUCUUUGGCAAGCCCGAAAAGGAUGUCAAGGAGCGUUCGAGACCGAAGACUGUGAAGCUGCCGGAGCAGCAAUCGGAGCCAGCGCCCCAGGACAUGGGCUAUGAUCCGCGGGGCUCCGCCCACAGUUCCAGUGCCCAGCAAAUUCUCCAGCGUCUGCAGCGCUCCACCAGCGCCAGUGCGAUCCGUUCGCACCUGACCAAGGUGUCAUCGACGUACCGCCGCCCCAUCGCCUUCAACUUUGUGAGGCGCGAGUGCAAGCGCUUCUACGUCUUGCCCGUCUACAUGCACAGCACCAAGCAGAGCAUUCGAUUAUGGUGGCAAUAUGCCUACAAAUGCGUCACGCCCUCCGCCUCGGCCGGUGCCGUCUGGAAUCCGAAUCUGAAAUUCCGGCUCUACUGCAGCCGGCAGCUGCGCAUCCGUAAACUGCGACGUGGUCCGUGGUCCAGGAGGCAGCCACUCCGGCUGCAUAUCAAUGACAUCAAGCUGAUGUGCCAGUUGCGCGGGCGCAGUAAAUAAAUGAGGUGACGGCAAAGCCCUAAAAGGUCUAGAAAAAUUCCAUGAUACGAGUGAUUUGUCAUAAAACUUUGCUCGAAUUCCACAGAAAAUUCUGUUUGAAAUUUGAACAAUAAACUUGGCGCCAAUUUACCGCAAUUAUCGAUUGGCCAAGUCAACCAGUGCUGCAAACGGUAAAAUUUUAUAUUUUAUAAGCACCAAUUUCAAAAAACACUUUCUAAAAUUUUAAUAAAUCGUGUUAACAUUUUCUUUAUUUCGUUGAACUAAUACUUUUUGGUUCCCAACAAUUUAAUAAAAAUUGCUUGUAAAUAAA